AUGAAUUAAUAAUAAUCUCAAAGUUCAACUCCUAGGCGAAAUAAUUCGGAAUUCAGUAUUGAUGCCCAACCUGUAGAAUCUGAAUCAAUUAUGAAUUUACAGAUAGCCUACAGCUGGCUGACCAUAGUAAGAGCUAUUCUAAUUAGGCUCUCUUGAUAGUUAUAUUGUUUAAUUGUUUCUUGACGUUGUUACUUUCAUCAUUCGCAUUUAAUUUGAGCUUCAGGAUUCCAAUUCUAUUUCUAAGCAUAGGACACCUGUUGUAUUUGAUUAAGAUAUGCAUUACUUACCAUAAGAUGUACAAUAUAUUGAGUUAUAGCCAGAGCAACAAGUAACCAGGAAUGUUGUUUCGAGUUGAUGUGGGGUAUCGGAUUAAUCUCUUAUUAUGUAUGUUUGAUUAAUAAGAUCAGAGUUGCUUGAUAUAUUUUGUUGAUAACAAUGACCUUCAAAUGUAAUACUUGGCGAUGUUUUUGGUAUUUAUGACCAUCAUAUGGGUGAUUAAAUCUAUCUUUUAGUAGUAUCGGAGAAACUCUCAGGAUCAUCAACAGAAAUUGGUAUCAAUGUCAAUAAAUAGGAUAGAUUAUAGUCUUGAUUAGGUUUUGUUUUGUAGCAUAAUUGAUGUUCAUAAAUCUGAAACUGAUUGAUUGGGUGUCUGCCAGAUGGAUCUACACUUUCUCCAUAUUUUGGUUAUUCCUACUCAUCGUCAUAAUGAUGCAAUUGGUUUUCCUGUUUAAAUUCUCUAUCAUAAUAAAUCGAUAUUUCAAUAGCACUGUGGAUUAGAAACCCAUAUUGAUAGUUCAAAUCGUUGGGUACCUAUGGACCAAUUUGAUCAUUUUCGGCUUUUGUGGAGUACCUUCAUAUGCGCUAUACAAAUUGAGUUUUUAUUUAGAAGAAAAUAUGGACCAUGAUUACUUGCUUGCAAUUAUUAUUAGCGUAUUCUAUACUCUGAUAUUUAUGGUCUACACCAUAUAUCAUAAAGACAUGCUAUCAACAUUCAUUUUGAGAAUCUUACAGUUACACAUUUAACAGUAAACAGUAAGAGAACCUGACAUCAUAAGCUUCCCAAGUUCAGGAAAUCAAAAGAAGUUUGUUCAUACAUUUAGAGAUAAUAUCUUAAAUGAUUUUCCAAAACAACUAAUUAAAAUCUCAAGCACUUACUACCUCCCAGAAGAUAAAAGAAACCAAACCGAAAUUAACUCGGCUGGACUUAAUAAUAAAAGUCCAACACUAACUGAUGUAGCCUAACAUGAUGGAACACUGAAACACUGUUUUAAUUGUUUUCAAUAAUAAAGUUGCACUGUGUACAUCCCAUGUGGUCAUGGAGGGGUCUGUUCCAAAUGUGCUUUUGAUUGGUUCCAAGAACGAAAGGAAUGCUUGAUCUGUAGAAGUGUAAGAUAAUAUAUAAAUGAUUAAUUAGCAAAUCUAAGCAAUCUUGAAAAUCGUCUAGACAGAUGAUCAAAGAGUCAAAGUCGUAGAUAUAAUUGCAUUGAAUUGA